UCAUUACUACAGUAACAGCAAUAUACGACCAAAGAUGGCGCCCCACGUUUGUCUCUUGUGAGGAAAUGUUGUUACUAUUUUCUCUAUUUCACGUAUCUAGGCAGUUUUGCGAUAGUUUAUUGUGAAAGCAAGAUAUUACAUUUAUAUUUUCGCUAUUUACGUGUGAUAAUUGUAUUGUGCAAGCCGCAAUGGCGAUGCAAGGUGGGACUGCACUUCAGGAGAAGGUCAGUCGGAUGUUGAGCAGAAAGCAUAAAAAGCCCGUUCUGAAACCCAACAAGCCGCUUGUUCUGAAAGAUGAGGUCGCCAACAGGAAAAUUAAGAAAGGGGAGGCCACAUGCGUCACAGAGAUGUCCAUGAUGAUGGCGUGCUGGAAGCAGAACAACUUCGUCGACACCCUCUGCUCCAAUGAAAUGCAGUCCUUCUAUAAGUGUGUUGAGAAAGCCCAGAUUGCAGUGAAAAACAAAUCAGAGCAACACACCAUUGGCCAGAGUGGACGCCUUCAACCCAAACAAGCUACUAUCCUGCUGAAAAGAUACCCCAACUUACACACAGAAAUCUAGGACUACUCCCAGCCCUACUACUACGAUGUAUUAAUUAAGGUUGUGGGCCAGAGAAUCUUAACCACCCUGCCCAAUGUCCUCUGUUAUCAUGCUUGGCCUUUGUGGCCAACUGAGGUCUCUGCUAGUUCUUACGGUAAAGAGGAAGUCUCUUAGAUCACAGAAACAUCACCAACGUUCCACGAAUGCUAGACGUGAUUCAUCAACAAAGUGAAUUAAGUGGAUUUAUUGUGCUGCAGAUGCACUUCUUGUGAUUGCCAUGUUAAAUUGAGUACGCUGUUAGAGGUCAUCAUAUAAAACAGUACCAUUAAAAUGGCUUCAGUCACAAAAGAAGGUUCCUACGAAUAUGUAACUUCACUCACUGUCUUGUAUUUUGAAGAGCAUUUUCAUUACGCAUUCAGUUAUUGCUAUAUUAUUGGAUGGCUUUUUAAGAUGCCCUAUUAAUUUACAUUUCUCAAAUAACGAUCAAGGACAUUUGUUUUCAUAAAUUGAUAUGAUAUUGUGUGUGUGCCCUGGAUGAUAUAUAGUGUGACUGACUGUUAUCUCAGUGUCCUGAGUUGACUCACAUAACAUGUAUUUCCCUUUAAAAAUUAUCUAAAUAAAUCCAUACUGCACAGACAGUGGUUGCUAACGAUAUUAAGAUAUUAGUGACCUCUGCAGUAUUUAAUUAUGGUUA